GGGUCGGGUGGGGGUGGAUGCAAGGCGAUCGCUGAUUGGCCGAAAGCGGCCCCGUGACCUUCCCGAGACUUACAGGGCAGCGAUGUGAACCCGCUCCCCGAUGUGCAUCCUCUUUCUCAAGUUCGACCCACGGCCAACGACCAGGGGAGCUUACAGGCUGAUUGUUGCUGCGAACCGCGAUGAGUUGUUCUCACGCCCAUCACUCGCCGCUCAGUUCUGGCCCAGCCACCCCCACGUGAUCAGCGGUGUGGACCUGCAGCAGGGCAAGGAGGGGGGCUCCUGGCUGGGGGUCACGAGGGGGGGCAGGUUCGCGGCGCUCACCAACGUGCUGGAGGUCACGCGGGACCCACACGCACGCGGCCGGGGCGAGCUGGUCUCUGACUACCUGCGGGGCGAGACCUCCCCCUCCGCCUACCUGCAGGGGGUCUCCUCACACGCUCAGCGCUACAGCGGGUUCAACCUGCUCGCCGCCACCUUCGCGAGUGGCGGUGAUGGUGAUGGUGGUGGUGAUGGUGGUGAUGGUGGUGACGAGCUGUGGUACUACAGUAACCGUAGCAACGCAGCGCCCAUCUCACUCCAGCCUGGUGAGUACGGGCUGAGUAACGCCCUGCUGGACACUCCGUGGGGCAAGCUG